AGAAGUAGAAGAAUAACAACAGAUACGUGCACUUGCUGAGGUCCAGAAACCAAACAUAAUGGCAACAAAAGAAUCCAGUACUGAACAAAAGACUGACCUUCACUGGUGCUCAGUUUGUGAAAAGAGUUUUAUGAACCAGAGCAUGCUCAGAAACCACCUGUGUAUUUCCGAAUCGAAUCAUCUCCAGGAUCACCAGAGCAUUAAAACAGGAGAGAAGCUAUUUACCUGCUUGCAGUGUGGGAAGCGAUUUACUUACAAGAGUAAUCUCAAAGCGCACCAGCGCAUUCACACUGGAGAGAAGCCAUAUCAGUGCUCCCAGUGUGGAAAGAGCUUCCGUCAUCAGGAUACUCUCCAGAAACACCAGCUCGUUCACACUGGAGAGAAACCGUAUUACUGCUCCCAGUGCGGAAAGAGCUUCCGUCAUCAGAAUACUUUCCAGCAACAUCAGCGCAUUCACACUGGAGAGAAACCUUAUCACUGCUCAGUGUGUGUGAGGAGUUUUAGUAGACAGGAUACUCUCCGGAAUCACCAGCGCAUUCACACAGGAGAGAAACCGUAUCAAUGCUUACAGUGCGGAAAGAGCUUCCGUCAUCAGAACACACUCCAGCAACACCAGCGCAUUCACACCGGAGAGAAGCCGUAUCACUGCUCACAGUGCGGAAAAAGGUUUAGUCAACUGUACGCUCUGACACACCACCAGUUUAUUCACAAUGUAGCAAAGCCGUUUAUCUGUUCUGCGUGUGGGAGCAGAUUUACUUAUAAGGGUAAUCUGAAAGCACAUCAGCGCAUUCACACAGGAGAGAAACUGUAUCAGUGUUCACAGUGUGGAAGGAGUUUUAAUCAACAGAACGCCCUCCAAAACCACCAAUGCAGCCACACUAAAAAGAAGACACAUCACUGACGAAAGUCAAACCAAACUCAUAAUACUGUACCUAUUCGGAAAUACAGU